GAGACGAAUUGAAGGUGACAACAUGGCAAAUAGUUGUAUGCAAGAAGCGAGCGAAAACAGAGAAGGAGAUAGAGUAACUGAAAAUCUAGAUGAAUGUCCCGUGAGAAUCAUGAAGCAACUAUAUGAUAUUGAAUGGAGGAUAAGAAAAGUGGAGUAUGAAUACAAAACCGAGAAGAUUGAAAAGUGUUUGGUUAAAUUCAAAUGUGAACACAUUAAAAGCGAGAUAACUAUAAUGAAUGGAGUGCUGCAGCUGGAAGCCUAUCCAAACCCUGAAUACUUGAAGGAUCAUGUUGAGGGCAAGCUCAAAUGCAUAAUAGAAGAACUUGACGAUGUGAUUUCUUUCAAGUUAAAAGAUAGUGGGGAGGAGGUUGGAGAGGAUAUUAUUGAUCCCCACGAGUGGAUUCAACGGCAUGAAUCUUCUUCUUCUUCUUAUUCCAAGCUUGGUUUAGUGCAAAAGGAUGAAAUCGAAGUUUCAAAAUGGUUGUCCGCCAUUGCUAAGAGGAUGGAGAAAAUCAGAAUGUUAGUUUCCCAAUUCAGCCCCCAGCACGAGUGGCUUCUAGAUUGAGAAAAGGCUAUUGAACACGAGUGCAUGUAGUGAUAUGUGCAUUGAAGAGAAUGUAUGGGUGGUAGUUGCGAAACUUAAGUUUCUC